AAAAAGAAACAGUAGAACGACUGUUGCGUGGGUGGAGAGUAGCCAAAUCUGUAAAUUGUUCUUUUUUUCUGUGCAACAAUACCAACUGUUUUACUGUAAAAUCGAAGAUAAAGUUGGGCAGGGAACGUCGCAGAAAAAAUGUCUAAAUUAUUCCGAGCCGUCAUCAUGGGUCCGCCAGGCUCGGGCAAAGGAACCAUUUCGGAAAGAAUAGCGCAGAGUUUUGGUCUGACACAUCUGUCCAGCGGCGACUUUCUGCGGGAGAACAUUGCUGCGAAUACUGAAGCCGGGGUUUUGGCAAAGACUUACAUUGAGAAAGGUCUCCUGGUGCCAGACCAUGUGAUGACCCGUCUGGUGCUGCCCAGACUGGGGGAGAUGACCAGAUACAGCUGGGUGCUGGAUGGAUUUCCACGGACUCUCAUCCAGGCUAAAGCCCUAAACAGUUCUUGUGAUCUAGACAUGGUUAUCAGUUUGAACAUCCCGUUGGAGACACUUAAAGAAAGGCUGAGUCACCGCUGGAUCCACCCAGCCAGUGGCAGAGUCUACAACAUGGUCUUCAACCCUCCUCGCAUACAGGGUGUGGAUGAUGUCACAGGAGAGCCCCUGGUUCAGCAGGACGAUGACAGACCAGAGGCUCUGGUGACAAGGCUGAGACACUAUAAAGAUGUGGCCAAACCUGUCAUAGACUUAUACAAGUCUAUGGGAAUCUUACACACAUUUUCAGACACAGAGACAGACCAGAUCUGGCCGUACAUCAGCUCUCUCAUCAGCAAUAAAAUCCCAACUGUCCGACCAGACCCACGGUGCACCUCACCCUAAUGAUGGAACUCUGUCUGGAUACGACGGAACAGAAACAUCCAAAGGACAAAGCUCAAACAGCUCGCUUGAUUUCUGGAGAUUAUCAUUCCCUGUUACACCACCUUGAAUGUAAAUGCUAUAAUUUAUAAAGGGAAAUAGUGAACCAUUGGAAUGUGAGCAAAAGCUGAAAUGCUUUAUUCAGGUCUAGAGACUCAGAAUUAAUGCCAAAGCAAAAGUUGUUUAACCAGGCAAAAAAUGAUGGUGGGAAACUCAAUUACAUUAUUACCUGCAGUUCAUAAAGGUCUUUGUUUUAUGGGUGUUACACACUAAACCAUAUGAUUUUAAACACUUUCCUUCUCGGAGAAUGACUGCCUUGGAUGCCGGUCUCAUAGCACAGGUAUAGUCCUGCUCUAGUGUAAUAUUAUAAUGAUGUUAUAGCAGUGAAGUAUGUUACAAGCGAUGACAAUUUGAUCUCAGAAACAAAACAAAACAUAACAAGAAGAAAACAGCGUUAAAUAUUGAUAUUUGGGAAAACAUUAAAAUUCAAGAUAUAACAUGUUCCUUUCAGAAGUGUCUAAAAUACCACUCAGAUGAUUUCUCUCCCUAAGCCGCACCCAAAUCCUGACCUCGACCAGUAGCACAUACCAGCAGUCUCUCUUUUUUUUGUUGUUGAUAGAAUCUUGUUCGUUGCAUGUUUCAGUAAACGACACUGUGAGAUGUUGUUGAAAAAGAGAAUGAGACGCGGUGAAAGAAGAAACAGUGAUCUCUUGUUAGAAGAGGACAUAACUGCAAACAUUUUAAGUAUUCACAUUUUACCAAAGAUACAUGUUAAACAUUUAAUUUUUCUACACUUUAAUGUUUAAUGUCUGUUGACACCAGAAGUCCAUAUUUACUGUUUGUCUCUUAAAAGCCGUUUUGUUUUAUUUGUUCAUAGCUUAUUUUCGUUUGUUUAUUUGUGUUAGGGAGUUUCGGCAUGCUAAGUUUAUUUUCUCUGACUGAUGCAGACUCAGUUGAAUCAGUGAGGCAAAUGUCUGACCUGCACAGAACCACAAGUGAGUUCUCAAUACAAGAGAAAUCUGAGUCAUGAAAUAUUUGCUAAUUUUGUUGAACUUUGAAAUGGAUUUAUGACACAUUUGCUUCUGAGAUUGUUUGUCUGGGGAAGAUUUUUUGUGUGUGUCUGUGUGAAUGUCAUAAUGAUGAUGAUGAUGAUGAUGAUGCCUAUAUUUUCCUCUUUUCUUCUGUACUGUGAGAACAAGCACAUUUCACACAAUAUUUGUUAUAUGGCUUUAAGAGGGUUUUUUCCUGUAAAUCUGUAAACAGAUUAAUUUACACAGAAAAUCUAGCGUCUCUGUCAAGAUUCCUUCAACACAUCUGGAUAGCAGCAGCCAGCAAAAUCACAAAACCUGUCUCACUCGAGCUUUUCCCAACAUUUCCAAACUAAGGAGAUGAAAGCAUUCCCACUUUAUCCAGAUCAUUCCAAGCUCCAUACUGAAAGUGGAAAAAGGGCGAAAAGAUCCCUCAGAACAUGUACAGAGGAACAGAAAUCAUUGCAGAAAGGAUAUAGCUCACCCAAUAUUUUGUAACAGGAUGUGAAAAUUCAACCCUCUCUGCAGUUUGCUGGAACAGUGCCAAAGCUGUCUGUAGCCAAUGAGAGAGAGAGAAAAACCUUUUUAUGUCUCGACGUCCUUUUGUUGUGCAACAGUGCAGUGUGGUUUAACAGCUGCCGACGCUA